ACUAAUUUGCAAGGACCAAAAUAAAUAAAAGAAAAAAGAAAAAGAAAGUGUACAUGAUCUGGGAACAGACAGUAGAUUCAAGUGAUUGGAGUGAAGAAAACAAAAAAUCCCUAACUAAACAUACGCCACUCUGUUCACUUUGCUCGACAAUGGCGUUGGAGCUCCCAAAUGAUCUGAUCCAGCAAGCCAAGAUCUCGACCCGAACCGAAGCGGGUCUACCCGACUACAACCCAGAUGACCCUUCACUUCCGGCCAUGCCUUCUCUUUCCGCCUCCGUCGCCGCCUUUGACCCUUCACCACCCUAUCUCCGUUGUAAACACUGCCAAGGCAAGCUUCUCAGAGGGCUUCAGUCCUUGAUUUGCAUAUAUUGCGGUCAGAAAUUGCACCAAAACGCUAACGUGGCUCCUGACCCCAUUUCCUUUAAGUCUACUGUUGGCUAUCAAUGGUUGCUCCAAGCCCUUCGCCUUGAUGGAUCGG